CACGCGCUACCUCCAACCGACCGCGAGCUGGUUUGGCUAGCUAGCGAGGAAUAUGGCCACGCGAGUAGCGUGAAAUGCUGAUGCAUUAAAUGGAUUUCAAUAUUCGACUACCAAUACAUCGUUGGACAGCUGACAAUGACGACGGAGUAGAGCAGCGUUUGUAGUUGUUAUUACAAACCCGUAACACCCUUCCGGGGAAGUUUUCAUCUCGUCAGCGGAGGAGAAUCUCACCGGGAGCAUGGCUUCUUACAGCAACCAGGUAGCACGGCUAACGUUAGCUGUAUAUAUUUGGGGAAUUCAGCCCUGAUGAGAUCAAUCAAUUCUUUGUGACUCCUCGAUUUUAUGUUGAGCUUCCUCCUUUCAAUGACAAAGUUCCAUGCGUCAGUCAGUCUUCAGGAAGUUACUGCACUCCUGCUGUACCUUAUAUUAUGGAGUCAAUGGGACUGCAGGUUUGCGCAGAGGACUAUCAGCACAUCGAGUUUGGGGUUGACGAGGUGAUGGAUUCCAAGCCUGUUGGGGUGAAUGAUCCUUUGUACAAGGUUUCGAGUAACCUCAACCCCCAGGCUCCAGAGUUCAUUCUGGGCUGCCAGCCUGCUCCAAAGCCUCAACAGACAGCUUCUCCAACAGCUGAUGUCCCAGAUGGAAGCCACUUCAACUUGCUGGAUGGGCCCGAUGCUGAUGCUGAAGCUUCAGCCCUGGACAAUCACCAGUCAUGCCAGGACAUAGACGGACUCCCUGGCAGCCUUGGACAGCGAGAAAGAAAGAAAAAGAAAAAACGGCCACCAGGAUACUACAACUAUUUGGAUCCAUCAGCUGGUGGAAGCAACAGCUCUGGUGCAGCAGAUGGAGUGCCUGUAACAGCACUAGUAAAUGGACAUGCACUUGCAGGCUCACACCACAGUCCUGAGGAUGUUGAUAGCAAGACUUUGUCAGCAGCUCAACUUUCCACCCCUGCACCGGUCCCUACAGAAACUGCUACAGCUGCUGUGUUUGCGCCAACAUCCACUGCCAAUCAGAGGACUUGUGAUAGCCCUGAUGACUUAUCUUUUGACUUAACAAGUGGAGGAUCUUUAUCAGAUGGUAACAAUGCAACUUCCUCCUCUUGUUCCUCCUCUCAAAGCAGAGGGAUGACAGAGGGACCAAGGACUGCAGAUCAGCAGCAGGUUCAUUUGUCUCCUCAGAGUCCCGAACUUUCAGAUACGCCACACAGCCCCCAGUCCAAAUCACCAUCUCCUUCCACUGCUGAGGCCAUCCCCUCUGCCACCACUUCCACAACUACUGAACUAGAAGGAAGCGAGGUAGCAGAGAGAAGUGUGGCUAAUGGGCUAGAAGAGCCCAAUGCUCCUGUCAGUGCCGAUGGACACAGAGAGGACUGUGACAGUGGGGAGCAGAGUCAGCAUCUCACUCCAGACUGUGCUGCCCAGACUUUAGUCACAGAGCAGGCACAUUCACCUGCAAUUCCCACUGCACCCACUGCCAACCUUCCUAAAUCUUGGGCUAGCCUCUUUCACAACUCCAAGCCUCUGCCUGGGGGCCCACAGGCCUUUGUGGAGGUAAAGAAUGUUGUGGAAGUUGUUUCUCCCUCCCUUGCAAUGCCAGAGCAACCUGAAAAGGUCGGGGAGAUAAAAGAAGGUCCUGUCCAUGUGUCAGAGGAUCCAAUGGCCCCUAAACUUGCAGAACUUAUUGAGAAUGUGAAGUUGAUACAUAAACCAGUGUCUUUGCAGCCAAGGGGGCUGAUCAACAAGGGGAACUGGUGCUAUAUCAACGCUACCCUACAGGCCCUGAUUGCUUGUCCUCCCAUGUAUCACCUGAUGAAGUCCAUUCCUCUGCAUACUGAAACUCAGAGACCGUGCUCGUCCACUCCCAUGAUCGACAACUUUGUAAGGCUGGUGAAUGAGUUCAACAACAUGCCUGUGCCACCUAAACCGAAACAGCAAAACGUUGGCGAUAAGAUCGUAAAGGACAUUCGACCUGGUGUACCGUUUGAACCAACUUAUAUUUAUAAACUCCUCACUCUCAUCAAAUCGAGUCUUUCUGAGAAGGGUCGGCAAGAGGAUGCAGAGGAGUAUCUUGGCUUUACACUGAAUGGACUGCAUGAGGAGAUGCUGGCACUGAAAAAACUAAUCUUGCCUCAGGAUGAGAAAGCUCCUACACCCAAUGGCCCAGAGUCCCAGCAAGGUGUUGAGGAGGACAAAGAGGCUGAUAAGGAGGAAGAGGGAAGUGAAGAUGAGUGGGAACAAGUUGGUCCCCGAAACAAGACUUCUGUCACUCGUCAAGCCGACUUUAUCCGCACACCUAUCACUGACAUUUUUGGUGGACACAUCAGAUCGGUGGUCUAUCAGCAAAACUCUAAAGAGUCAGCCACACUGCAGCCUUUCUUUACCCUGCAGCUUGACAUUCAGUCUGAGAAGAUCCGCACAGUGCAGGAAGCUCUCGAAACGUUGGUGGCCCGAGAGUCUGUCCUCGGCUACACUUCUAAAACCAAGCAAGAGAUUGAGAUCAGUCGAAAGGUAACUCUGGAAGAGCUGCCACCAGUGCUGGUGCUCCAUCUCAAGAGAUUUGUUUUUGAAAAGACUGGAGGUUGCCAGAAAUUGACAAAGAACAUUGAUUACCCUGUUGACUUGGAAAUCAGCAAAGACCUCUUGUCCUCUGGAGUGCGAAGCAAGGUUUUGAAAGGCCAAAGAACUUACAGGCUCUUUGCAGUUGUUUAUCACCACGGAAACAGCGCAACAGGCGGACAUUACACCACUGAUGUCUUCCACAUUGGUCUUAACGGCUGGUUGCGUAUUGACGACCAGACAGUGAAGGUCAUCAACCAGUACCAGGUGGUGAAGCAGACUGCCGAGCGCACCGCCUACCUGCUGUAUUACCGCCGCGUCGACCUGCUGUAGACACGCACACACACACACACACGCACACACACACGAGAAUAUCUGAACAUAUUCACAAACAUGCACUCACACUUAACAGACAAGUCAAAGUGCACUUGUUGACAAAGUGCAUCUACAUCUAACACAAACACACAGCAAACUAAUAAACAGGAACACUGCCCAACUUGUUCUUUUGCAAGAUUUUCCUAUUCUUCCCUCCCGUCUCCGCUUUCCUGAAAACCAGCUUUUCCAACGCCUUUUUUCCUCGUCACCGUUUUUUAUUUUCAGAAGAAGAGAAGCAAGCUGCAUUCACAAAGUUUUUUUCCUGUGACUGCUGUCUCCUUUGCGUCACUGCAUUUUUUUUCCUUUUAUGUUUUUGUUUUUAAGCAGCGAGGAAGGACUGUUGAUUUGACAAAGGUGAGGUUGGGGUUACAGGUUUGAACCUCAGACUGAGUCUGCCACUUGGCUCUGAUGGCCAUCAGUGAACUCACACAGGUGGAACUACUACAGACUGAAAGUGGACAGCAGGGGGCUUUUUCCUGUUCAAACUCCUUAUUUUUUGGAAAUGACCCAGAUAUAUCAGUGUUUGCCUUUUUAUUAAAGGAGAACUGUCAUACCAGUGAAUUUGCAGCAGUUUGAAAGCCUAUCGUUUGCCCAUGUGCAUUGGAAAGGCCCAGCACCAGCAGUAUCAUGGGUCUCUUCCCUCAAGACCAGAUUGUUUUUCUCUGCCACCAACUCCUCCUCCUUCUACAUGUCCUCACUUUUAUGAUGCUUUAAAGGUACAACUUGAGCCAUCAAAAGCAAAAAGCAAACACGAGGCUAUAAAAUGUGAACCUAACAGCUUCCUUGUUUUGAAAGAUUCUUCUUAUGGUAUUUGGGUUUAGAUUUAGACUAUUGUGAAUAUAAAAAUAUAAUGCGCUUUAGAAUUUAAUUACAGAUAAGCUUCUGUGCACAAAAUGACAGGCAAAUACGUUUUUCAAAUAUCUAGAUCAUAAAAUUUUAAAACGAGCAAAAAAUGUGUUUCUUGCUGACUUGAACAUCUGUGUGUUUCCUGGAAAACUCAGUUUUUAAUCCCAAUUUUUGCUUUAGAAAAACGGCAACCGAUCAAGAAAAUUUUAAAUGCAAAACCUGCUCUUGUUAACUUUGUAAAUUUCUUUCUUCAUCCAUUCAUGUUUUUUCCCUUUGUUUUUUUUUUUUUUUUUGGCUUGUCUCAAGUGUCCACCUGUGUAUUGGUGGUUUGGGGUGUAUUCAGUCACACCAUCCUACCCCUUUACAUAAAAGAAAGCAAAAGCUUUCUUCUGCUCAGUUUGACAUUUUUCCACUCAAAAUACGACACUCAUCCCGAUCACAUGGAAAGUGCAGAUUAAAUAUAUGAAGAUUUAAGGUUUCUCUAUGUAUUCUUAAUUUGGUGUUGCGAUAAACAAAAGAUUGGGGGACGUCUGGACUACAUCAGUUCUCAGCUCUCCAGAUAGACCCGGGACAUGCGCACAAAAGGAGAUGGUAUUUGCUUUUCUUUAUUUUAUUUCUUUUGAUUGAUUGUGAUCAUUUUUGUUUGUGUUAAUGAAAGUUUUGUUUUAUUUUUUUCUUUUUGUCAAUCACUUAUUAGAUGUCCCUCUGCUUUUGCUCCAUUCAGAAAAAUGUGCUUGCAAUGGAAUUGAAUUUGAAAAAAAAAAAAAAAUAAAACAGGCUAAAGCACAACUACAAAAUAAACUAAAUAGUUCUUUGCUUGAUAUUUAUUUGCCUUUUUGUCUAUUUGUUUUUUUGAUCAUUUCCAUGUUUACUUCAAUCCUGUUUCUUUCGAAUCGUCAGUAUCACCAUCAGUGUUAAAACAGCUCCAACUUUUCUCAACAAUUUGAACAUUUUCAUUCGAGUCUCCUGUGGACAUGGUUUUUGCUCAUGUCAUUUCAUUCAGUAGAACAAGUUACACAAGUGAGACUGGUUCAACGUUUUCCAGUGAAAUGGUGCAGCAUAAUGUAAAUUUUCAGAUUUUUUUUUUAUAUCAAUGUUGAAGUCAAAUACCAUCUGAAAGCUUACUCUAGUUAAAACAAAUUGUCUAUUAGAUUAAAAUCAUUUCUAUAUUUUAGCAUAGAUGUGAUGCAUAGUGUCAUUGAACUUGUGGGUUUUAAAGUCAGAAACCUUUUUCAGGUAAACCAAAGUACAUUAUCACAUCAGCCCUACUGCCUUUUCAUAGAGUUAAUGUUCCAACCUUAUUUUGCCUUGUCCAUUCAUUGCGCAAAGGAAAUGGCAUGCUCUGUAAACCACUGGUUCAGCAUAACUUCCACAAAAUUCAGUUGUGAUGCUGGCUUUUAUUUCUGCAAAAAAAAAUGACAUUGUUGAUUGCAUACUUUAUUUCACUUUUCAAAGAAUGUUUCUAAGAUGGGAAUUGAAAAAGGACACCUUGAGUUUUCUGUUUGGUUUCCACUUGGUGUCUUGUUGGCUGGUCAGGAAACAUGCAGAUGAAAAGCUUCGAUAAUGUUUUCAGUGUGUGCUCCGAGCACUUAUUGUCUGCUGGGUACUGUUGGGAUAUUGACCUUGAAACAGAAAAAAAAAUCUAUUGUCUUUAAUUUCAAGCCUUCAGCAUUCUGUUUUGUUUAUUGUUUAAAUAAAGGUUUGUGCACAAAUCAGUUUGCUAAUCAAGUGUAAUCUGAAGAGUACCUGGCUUUCUUAUGAUAGUCAAUUCUGAAAAACUUUGCAACCUCCAGACCUUGGACUGGCCUACACAACAAUGUGCACAAUAAACCAAAAUAAUCUAGA